CAGGAAGUCGCUUUGUUUGGCUUCAAGAUGGCGGCGGGAAUGUAUUUGGAGCAUUAUCUGGACAGUAUUGAGAAUCUCCCUUUCGAGCUGCAGAGAAACUUCCAGCUCAUGCGAGAUCUGGACCAAAGAACAGAGGACCUGAAGGCGGAGAUCGACAAGCUGGCCACCGAGUACGUGAGCAGCGCCCGCAGCCUCGGCUCCGAGGAGAAGCUGGCACUGCUGAAGCAGAUCCAGGAGGCGUACAGCAAGUGCAAGGAGUUCGGGGAUGACAAGGUGCAGCUGGCGAUGCAGACCUAUGAGAUGGUGGACAAACACAUCCGGCGCCUGGACACGGACCUGGCCCGCUUCGAGGCCGACCUGAAGGAGAAGCAGAUCGAGUCCAGUGACUACGACAGCUCCUCCAGCAAAGGCAAAAAGAAAGGCCGGGCCCAGAAGGAGAAGAAAGCCGCUCGGGCCCGCUCCAAGGGGAAGAACUCGGACGAGGAGGCCCCCAAGGCUGCCCAGAAGAAGCUGAAACUCGUGCGCACGAGCCCCGAGUACGGCAUGCCCUCGGUGACCUUUGGCAGCGUCCAUCCUUCGGACGUGCUGGACAUGCCCGUGGACCCUAAUGAGCCCACCUACUGCCUCUGCCACCAGGUCUCCUACGGGGAGAUGAUUGGCUGCGACAAUCCCGACUGCUCCAUCGAGUGGUUCCACUUCGCCUGCGUGGGGCUGACGACGAAGCCGCGGGGAAAAUGGUUCUGCCCUCGCUGCUCCCAGGAACGGAAGAAGAAAUAAGCAGAAACCCGUCACCCUUAGCUCCAAGCGGCCCCGGGCCCGACGUCCAGGGUCUUCGGGCCGGGGGCGAGG